GUUCCUUCUUUGGGGGCCAGUGUCUCCCGCUGAGCGCGUGCCCAAAUGGAAUGAAGUCUUUCGGGCAAUGGCCUUGCUCAAUUGGGUCUCCAGUGGAAUCGUGCUGCACGGGAAGCAUUCCUUGUGGCACUGUUUCUGCAAACUGUUCGAGUCCUUGGCAGGUAUCGAUUCGAAGGAGUCUUUCUGCGGACCCUGUGAAAACCGAUUUGACGAACUCUGUUCACAUGUGUGCCGGUGUGCUUGUCGAUACAGAAUGGGUGCUCACCACGGCAUCCUGUGCGUUGCUCGCGUUCCAGCCUUUCCCGGACUACAGUCACGGAGCACUUGUUGCCGCGGAGAAGUCCCUGUCAAACGUGGAGACACUGGAUCAAAUCAGAAACGCCUCUGAGAUACACCUCCACCCUGCCUACCACGCCCCCAAUGCCAUCGAUCCCAGUCAGACGGACCCCUCGAAGGCCGGUGAAAAUGAUUUCGCUAUGAUCAAAGUGAACUCUCCCUUCACGGCUUAUGGGGGCACGGAAUGUGCGUCAGUGAUCUGCCUACCUCAGAAUGACACGGUCAUUUCCUGUGAUACAGAUGUUCAGACGAACGGAUGGGGCUCACUUGUUGGAUCCUUUUCUCCCAGCGAUACACCAAAGGAGGACAUGGUCAAGCUUUGGGAUCUGGACACGUGUAAGAAUUUCAAAUUCACUAUAGAGGGCGACCUUAUCAAACCCGUGCACGACAGCAUGCUGUGCUACACCAGCAACCCCAUCAGCAACAACACCGCAGUGCCUUGCGCAGGUGACGUAGGAGGCGCCGUCGCUUUUGAAAUGCCUGAUGGGAGGUUUUCUCUGUACGGAAUUCUUCAUUCAGGGCUAAUCUGUACAAAUAAUACGUUUGUACACAGCGUUGGCAACGUCAUCAGCGUCGUCAACUGGAUCCGUUCUAAAUUCUAAGAUCGUGUAAAUGUGGACCUGUCUCGAUAUACACGGACGUUUCAUACCAUCUCUAGAUAGCGCAAUGCCUGGGGAUAAGAUUCACCUGAUGUAUAACAAUAUAUUCCACAGACUGCUGACUCGGUUCCUACUACUCAGAUCUGCUGACAAAUGUGUACUGCAAAUAAAUUUCAUGCCAA